UGAUCACGAAAUUUCCACAAAGAGUCCGUGUCUGCGUAAUUAACCAGCAAUUUCAAGGGUGUUUACGUAAUUGUAGCUUAACAAAUAAAAAACACGAAAGAAGAUGGCGAAGAAAACGGAAAGUAGUAGAUAGAUAAAGAAAGAGAAAGAGAAGAGCUGGAUUCACAUGGUCUUGUUCUUUCUCUCUCCUUCUUUUCUCAUCUUGCGGCUUCCCUUUCUCUCUCUAUCGCCACAAUGAUCAUUACCAACCAAACUGAUUGAAACUCAUUUGUUCUCUCUCUCUCAAAUCCACUCUCUCUCUUUCUUUUCUCUUCUCCUCUCUGUGUCUCUAUCGCCAUGGCUGAUGAUAAGGAGAUGCCUGCUGCUGUAGUUGAUGGACAUGAUCAAGUCACUGGUCAUAUUAUUUCCACCACAAUCGGUGGCAAAAAUGGUGAACCAAAACAGACAAUUAGUUACAUGGCGGAGCGAGUUGUUGGUACAGGCUCGUUCGGGAUCGUUUUCCAAGCAAAAUGUUUGGAGACUGGAGAAACCGUGGCGAUAAAGAAGGUUUUGCAAGAUAGAAGAUACAAGAACCGAGAACUUCAGUUGAUGCGUGUGAUGGAUCAUCCGAAUGUGGUUUGUUUGAAGCAUUGCUUCUUUUCGACUACAAGUAAAGACGAGCUUUUCUUGAACUUGGUUAUGGAGUAUGUCCCUGAGAGCUUGUAUCGAGUUCUGAAACAUUAUAGUAGUGCAAACCAAAGAAUGCCUCUUGUCUAUGUUAAACUUUACAUGUAUCAGAUCUUCCGGGGACUUGCUUACAUUCACAAUGUUGCUGGAGUUUGUCACAGAGAUCUAAAGCCUCAAAAUCUUCUGGUUGAUCCUCUUACUCAUCAAGUCAAAAUCUGUGACUUUGGCAGUGCGAAACAGCUCGUUAAAGGUGAAGCCAACAUUUCUUACAUCUGCUCACGAUUCUACCGUGCACCCGAGCUCAUAUUUGGUGCCACUGAGUACACAACUUCUAUUGAUAUCUGGUCUGCUGGUUGUGUUCUUGCUGAGCUUCUUCUUGGUCAGCCAUUAUUUCCCGGAGAAAAUGCUGUGGAUCAGCUCGUUGAAAUUAUAAAAGUUCUUGGUACACCAACUCGAGAAGAAAUCCGUUGUAUGAAUCCACAUUACACAGAUUUCAGGUUUCCACAGAUAAAGGCACAUCCCUGGCACAAGAUCUUCCACAAAAGGAUGCCCCCAGAAGCGAUUGAUUUUGCAUCAAGGCUGCUUCAAUACUCUCCAAGUCUAAGAUGCACAGCGCUCGAAGCUUGUGCACAUCCGUUCUUUGAUGAACUCAGAGAACCAAACGCUCGUUUACCAAAUGGACGGCCUUUCCCGCCUCUCUUCAACUUCAAACAAGAAGUAGCUGGAUCAUCACCUGAACUGGUCAACAAGUUGAUUCCAGACCAUAUCAAGAGACAAUUGGGUCUAAGCUUCUUGAAUCAAUCUGGAACUUAAAAGGGAUCCUGCAAAAGACAACUACUUUUUUAUAUAUAAUGUACCAUUACACGAGCCACAAGGUCGUAGUUGAAGGCAAACGUGGAGGACACAAUUCAAAGUUUUUCCUCCUCAAACUCGUUCAGACAAAGCCAGCUGCUAGCAAAACCAACUCCCCCAAAUCUGCGAAAACAAAAACUCUCCAGUGUUGUAUCUGCUUAUUUCUCUUCUCUUUUCAAGUUUGGUGAAAAACACAGUCUCCUCUUUGCUUCAUUUCUUCUUUCUUUCCCCCUUAUGUAAAUGAGUUUAGUCAGAAGUUUUUUUAUAUAGUAAAGUUUGGGCAGAAGGUGAAGAAUGUAAUCAAAGUGAUACUCUUUCAACGAGGAGCUUCUUUCAAACACUUUUUUUUUUUUUCAAACACUUCAUGAAUGGAUACAUGGUUUUGCUUUAAGCAUAAGUAUAUUUGUAUUAAAUUUUCACUCAAUUUAAUUGCACGA